CCUCGGGAAUUGAACAUGAGUCUGCCAGGCCGCGUCUCCUGCUCCAUGCUCAACUGCUUUGGCGAGGAGGGCCCUCCCAGUUUGGAGUAUAUCCAGGCCAAGGACUUGUUCCCCCCGAAAGAGCUUGUGAAAGAGGAAGAGUCAUUGCAGGUCCCAUUCACUGUGUUGCAGGGCGAGGGAGUGGAGUAUCUUGGCCAUGCAAACGAUGCUGUGAUCGCCAUCUCCAACUACCGGCUUCAUAUCAAGUUCAAGGAUUCGGUCAUCAAUGUGCCUUUGAGGAUGAUGGAGAGUGUGGAGUGUCGGGAUAUGUUCCAGCUUCACAUCGUCUGCAAGGACUCCAAAGUGAUCAGGUGCCAUUUUUCCACCUUCAAGCAGUGCCAGGAGUGGCUGAAGAGGCUAAACAGAGCCAUUGCCCGCCCUGCCAAGCCCGAGGACCUCUUUGCUUUUGCCUACCAUGCCUGGUGCUUAGGAGUCUGUGUUGAUGAGGAGGAUCAACAUGCACAUCUCUGCCGUCCAGGAGACCACGUGAAAUACCGAUUUGAGAUGGAGCUGGUGAGGAUGGGCUUUGACUUGCAGAACGUCUGGCGUGUCUCUGACAUCAACAACAAUUACAAGCUCUGUUCCAGUUAUCCUCAGAAGCUGCUGGUCCCUGUUUGGAUCACGGAUAAGGAGCUGGAGAAUGUGGCUUCAUUUAGGUCAUGGAAGAGGAUCCCUGUGGUGGUCUACAGACACGUGCGGAACGGGGCGGUGAUCGCACGCUGCAGCCAGCCCGAGAUCAGCUGGUGGGGCUGGAGAAACGCUGAUGAUGAGUACCUGGUGACAUCCAUUGCCAAAGCCUGUGCCUUGAACCCUGGGGUGAAGCUGGCUGCUGGUGCUCCACACGCCGGGAGCAGCGACGGCAGCGAGGCCUGCGAGGCUGACUUCGACUCAUCCCUGACUGCGUGUUCAGGUGUGGAGAAUGCAGGAACACCUCAGAAGCUGCUGAUCCUUGAUGCCAGGUCCUAUACUGCAGCUGUGGCCAACCGAGCGAAGGGAGGUGGCUGCGAAUGUGAAGAGUAUUACCCAAACUGUGAAGUUGUGUUCAUGGGCAUGGCCAACAUCCACUCCAUCAGGAACAGCUUCCAGUACCUGCGUGCUGUCUGCAGUCAGGUGCCAGACCCCAGCAACUGGCUUUCAGCCCUGGAGAGCACCAAGUGGCUGCAGCACCUCUCUGUCAUGCUGAAGGCAGCAGUGCUGGUGUCCAGUGCAGUUGAUCGAGAAGGGCGUCCCGUGCUGGUUCAUUGCUCAGAUGGCUGGGACAGGACUCCACAGAUUGUAGCACUGGCAAAGAUUCUGCUGGAUCCUUACUACAGGACCAUGGAGGGCUUUCAGGUGCUCGUGGAGUCGGACUGGCUGGAUUUUGGCCACAAGUUUGGUGAUCGCUGUGGUCACCAGGAGAAAGUGGAAGAUCAGAAUGAGCAGUGCCCAGUUUUUCUCCAGUGGUUGGAUGCUGUUCAUCAGCUUCUGAAGCAAUUUCCUUGCCUCUUUGAAUUUAAUGAAGCCUUUUUGGUGAAGCUGGUGCAGCACACCUACUCCUGCCUCUAUGGGACCUUCCUUGGGAACAGCCCCUGCGAGCGAGAGAUGCACAACAUCUCCAAGCGGACUUGCUCCGUCUGGUCCCUCCUGCGGGCUGGCAACAAGAACUUCCACAACCUUCUCUACAUGCCAGGCUCUGAGCAGGUGCUGCAUCCCGUGUGCCACGUGCGAGCGCUGCACCUUUGGACAGCAGUGUAUCUCCCAGCUUCCUCACCACAUCCUCUGGGACAGGAUGAUAUGGACAUUUACCCACCCCCUGGAUCUCAGAGCCAGGAAUUCAGUGGCAGAUGUUUGGACAGAUUACCAAAGACAAGAUCUAUGGAUGACCUGCUCUCAGCCUGUGACUCCAGCAGUCCCCUGACCCGCACCUCCAGUGACCCCAACCUGAACAACCACUGUCAGGAGGUGCGGGUGGGCCUGGACCCCCGGCAUGCUGCUGCUGAGGGAGCUGAGCUGCACUUGAGCGAAGGCAGUGCUGUGGGAGAGGUACAGCAGGCAGAGGAGCAUGAGGAGAACAUUGCCCUGCAAGCCAAUGGUGCCAGCAGCAGCCCUGCUGGGCAUGGAGGGCACAGAGAGCAGCUGAGCAGCCGGGCAGCUGUGCCAGCCAGCAGAGUCUCUCUGGAGGCAGAAAAAGCAACUGGAGCAUGCCCAGAGGAACUGGAUGGCACUGGCACGUGUCCAGCUCCAAACCCUCCCAGACAGCAAAACACUGACCAGGAUUCCACCAGUUCUGCAAAGCAGUCAGAAACCUGUCCCCAGGAGCCUCUGAAGGCGACUGGUGUGGCGUCAAAUGGAGGAGGCUGCCCCAAGAGAAACGUCACCUGCCAAGACAUUCCCAGCCAGGAGUCCCUGGCACCAAGUUCCCAUUGUCUGGACAGCCCAGGCGCUGCCGUGGGUACUCCCUGCCUCGCCACAGAGAAGGGCAGAGGUGAGGCUGUCAGGAGCGUGCCCUGCGAGGAGCCCGGCCGGCCGGGCAGGGUCCUGCUGGAGCAGUGCCGAAAGCCCAUUUCCCAGAGCCAAAGCAGCGAGUUCUCCUUCCUGGGCUACAACUGGGACAGCUUCCAAGGAAUGGUGACAUCCUUCCCCAAUGGGGAGCCUGUCCCCAGGCACCUCCUCUCCUAUGGCUGCUGUAGCAAGAGGCUGGGCAGCAAACCCCUGCGGGCACCCGGGCUGUGCCUCAGCGGCCAGUGGCCUGCCAGGGAAGGUGGGAAGCCCUGGCUCUGCUCUGGCCACGUCAGCAGCCACUUCGCGGGCCCCACAGGCAAGCCCAGCCGCUCCUGGCUGCCCUGCCACCUGAAACAAGCCUCUGGGCCCAAGCACAUGCCACCAAAAUGUCCCUCUCCUGUGCCUCCUCUCUACCUGGACGAUGACGGGCUGCCCUUCCCCACGGACGUGAUCCAGCACCGGCUGCGGCAGAUCGAGGCCAGCUACAAGCAGGAGGUGGAGCAGCUGCGCAGGCAGGUGCGGGAGCUGCAGCUGCGCCUGGACAUCCGCCACUUCUGCGCCCCCCCGGCAGAGCCUCCCAUGGACUACGAGGAUGACUUUACAUGCUUGAAGGAAUCGGACGGCAGCGACACUGAGGAUUUCUGCUCCGAUCACAGUGAAGAAUGUUUGUCAGAAGCAAGCUGGGAGCCUGUGGAUAAGAAGGAGACUGAGGUUACACGGUGGGUUCCAGACCACAUGGCCUCACACUGCUUUAACUGCGACUGUGAGUUCUGGCUUGCCAAGAGGAGGCAUCACUGCAGGAACUGUGGGAACGUGUUUUGUGCUAGUUGCUGCCACCUGAAGUUGCCCAUCCCUGACCAGCAGCUGUAUGACCCUGUCCUCGUUUGUAACUCCUGUUAUGACCACAUCCAAGUGUCUCGUGCCAGGGAGCUGAUGAGCCAACAACUGAAGAAGCCCAUCGCCACAGCUUCCAGCUGA